GGAGGCCUGUCAGUGCAGCGCGCGGACACGCUCUUGGCCUGGCACAGGCGGCUAAGGAUGUCGUCCUGGACGAGGUGGCAUGGACCCGAUAUGGCGCGGCUGUGGGCCUGCUGCUGGCUAGUGAUGGGUUUCUGGAUGUCUGCGAUCGCCUGCCCCAAGACCUGCAAAUGCAGCGCUUCCAGGAUCUGGUGCAGCGACCCUUCUCCUGGCAUCAUGGCAUUUCCCAGGUUGGAGCCCAGCAGCGUAGACCCUGAGAAUAUCACCGAAAUUUACAUUGCAAAUCAGAAAAGAUUCGAAAUCAUCAAUGAAGAUGAUGUUGAAGCUUAUGUGGGACUGAGAAAUCUGACCAUCGUGGAUUCUGGACUCAAAUUUGUGGCUCAUAAAGCAUUCCUGAAAAACAGCAACCUGCAGCACAUCAACUUCACUCGAAAUAAACUGACAAGUUUGUCUAGGAAACACUUUCGUCACCUUGACUUGUCUGAACUGAUUCUGGUCGGCAAUCCAUUUAUGUGCUCCUGUGACAUUAUGUGGAUCAAGACCCUUCAAGAGACCAGGCCCCGCCCAGAAACUCAGGAUCUGUACUGCCUGAAUGAGAGCAGCAAGAACAUCCCCUUGGCAAGCCUGCAGAUCCCCAAUUGUGGCUUGCCAUCAGCAAGUCUGACUGCACCCAACCUCACUGUGGAGGAAGGAAAGUCUAUUACAUUGUCGUGUAGUGUCACAGGUGAUCCGGCUCCUGACAUGUACUGGGAUGUUGGGCAUCUGAUCUCGAAACAUCUGAAUGAAACAAGCCACACACAGGGCUCCUUAAGGAUAACUAACAUCUCAUCUGAUGACAGUGGAAAACAGAUCUCUUGUGUGGCUGAAAAUAUUGUAGGAGAAGAUCAGGAUUCUGUCAACCUCACUGUGCACUUUGCGCCAACUAUCACAUUUCUCGAAUCUCCAACCUCAGACCACCACUGGUGCAUUCCAUUCACUGUGAAAGGCAACCCCAAGCCAGCGCUUCAGUGGUUCUAUAACGGGGCAAUAUUGAAUGAGUCCAAAUACAUCUGUACUAAAAUACAUGUUACCAACCACACGGAGUACCAUGGCUGCCUCCAGCUGGACAACCCCACUCACAUGAAUAAUGGAGACUACACUCUGAUUGCCAAGAAUGAGUAUGGGAAGGAUGAGAAGCAAAUAUCUGCUCACUUCAUGGGAUGGCCUGGAAUUGAUGACGGUUCAAACCCAAGUUAUCCUGAUGUAAUUUAUGAAGAUUAUGGGACUACAGUGAACGACACCACAAACAGAAGUAAUGGAAUCCCUUCCACAGAUGUGUCUGACAAAGCUGGACGAGAACAUCUCUCGGUCUAUGCUGUGGUGGUAAUUGCAUCUGUGGUAGGAUUUUGUCUGCUGGUGAUGCUGUUUCUUCUUAAGUUAGCAAGACACUCCAAGUUUGGCAUGAAAGAUUUCUCAUGGUUUGGAUUUGGGAAAGUAAAAUCAAGACAAGGUGUUGGCCCAGCCUCAGUUAUCAGCAAUGAUGACGAUUCAGCCAGCCCACUUCACCACAUCUCCAAUGGGAGUAACACUCCAUCUUCUUCAGAGGGCGGCCCCGAUGCUGUCAUUAUUGGAAUGACCAAGAUCCCUGUCAUCGAAAACCCACAAUAUUUUGGCAUCACUAACAGUCAGCUCAAGCCAGACACAUUUGUUCAGCACAUCAAGCGCCAUAAUAUUGUUCUGAAAAGGGAGCUAGGCGAAGGAGCCUUUGGAAAAGUUUUCCUAGCUGAAUGCUAUAACCUCUGUCCUGAGCAGGAUAAGAUCUUGGUGGCAGUAAAGACCCUGAAGGAUGCCAGUGACAAUGCACGCAAGGACUUUCACCGUGAAGCCGAGCUGCUGACCAACCUGCAGCAUGAGCACAUCGUCAAGUUCUAUGGUGUCUGUGUGGAGGGAGACCCACUCAUUAUGGUCUUUGAGUACAUGAAGCACGGGGACCUCAACAAGUUCCUCAGGGCACACGGGCCCGAUGCGGUGCUGAUGGCCGAAGGGAACCCCCCGACCGAGCUGACACAGUCGCAGAUGCUGCACAUCGCCCAACAGAUCGCUGCAGGCAUGGUUUACCUGGCCUCCCAACACUUCGUGCACCGGGACCUGGCCACAAGGAACUGCCUGGUGGGGGAGAACCUUCUGGUGAAAAUCGGGGACUUCGGAAUGUCCCGGGAUGUGUACAGCACAGACUACUACAGGGUUGGGGGCCACACUAUGUUGCCCAUUCGCUGGAUGCCCCCAGAAAGCAUCAUGUACCGGAAGUUCACCACAGAGAGUGAUGUCUGGAGCCUCGGGGUUGUGCUGUGGGAGAUCUUCACAUAUGGCAAACAGCCCUGGUACCAACUAUCAAAUAAUGAGGUGAUUGAAUGCAUUACUCAGGGCCGAGUGCUGCAGCGACCUCGAACAUGCCCCCAGGAGGUGUAUGAGCUGAUGCUGGGGUGCUGGCAGCGAGAACCACACAUGCGGAAGAACAUCAAGGGCAUCCACACUCUUCUCCAGAACUUGGCCAAGGCAUCUCCAGUCUACUUGGAUAUUCUAGGCUAGGGCGCUUUCUCCCAGGCCAAUCCUUCCCAACACACCUCCUCAGAUGGGUGACAGGAUGAACAUCUUUCAACUGUCGCUGGAUGCCAUCAAAAUGCUGUUCUUAACUCUGACAGUAUUAACAACAAAGACACCAAGAUGCUUUCAGAGGGAAGCAAUGUGUACUCCAUCUGUAGACACAGUCUUGACUUCUUUUUGGCAUUCUCUCUUCUCUCUUUCCAUCUCCCUUGGUUCAUUCUUCAGUUUUUAUUUUAUUAUGAUAAUUAUUUUCCUGCUUCUUACUUCUUACCCUUUCUUUUAACUUGAUCUGGCUUCGGCAUUACUAUUAACUCUGCAUAGACAAAGGCCUUAAAAAACCUAAUUUGUUAUAUCAGCAGACCCUCCAGUUUGCCCACCACAAUUAACAAUGCCUUGUUGUAUUCCUGCCUUUGAUGUGGAUGAAAAAAAGGGAAAACAAAUAUUUGACUCAAACUUUGUCACUUCUGUUGUACAGACACUGGGAGUUUAUAUGGAUUCAUUUAAAUUUAUUUAUUAUUAUUGUUGUUGUUCUUGUUGUUUUUGGAUGGCUUAAGCCUGUACAUGGAAAAAACCCGAAAAUUUAUGUUCAGUCUGGGAAGCUUUUAUCUAUGGGAGAUUAAAAACAGAGAGAAAGAAGAUUUAUUAUUAACCACAGUAUGGGAAGAACAAAGAUAACCAUUGUGAUCAGUUGACAUCGUUCCCAAUUUAGGCGAACCAAGCAACUGUUAGCUGGAAGGGAUCUAUUCACCACCUUCCUCCAGGAUCUUUCUGAUGAGUAAAAAGACUGUUGAACUCUGUGCCAUGGGACACUUCUUUCCCAUAAUCAGAGACAUUGUAGUGUAGAAAAGAGAAAAGAUGGAAUCUGUGAGGCACAAGGUGGUGCCUCUUAUGUUUAGAUACAAUCUUGUAAUUUGUAGGUCUUGAUGACAGCACCGGCUUGUUUUAAAGUGUUAUCCAAUUAGGCUUUGGCACAUUAGUUUGAAAAAAGGUAGAUUCUUGGCCAGAGAAAAUUUAAGGGUCAGAUGUGAAAGCC